AUGGCGAAGAAGCAGCAGAAGAAGACGGCCAAGGGUCGUCUCGACAAGUUCUACUGGCUUGCCAAGGAACAGGGCUACCGAUCCCGUGCCGCCUUUAAGCUGGUCCAGCUCAACAAGAAGUACAACUUCCUCGAAAAGGCCAGAUGCUGUAUCGAUCUCUGCGCCGCUCCCGGUGGUUGGCUCCAGGUCGCUUCCAAGUUCAUGCCCGCCAACUCGCUCAUCGUCGGUGUCGAUCUCGUCCCCAUCAAGCCCAUUCCACGCACUAUCACGUUUGCCGAAGAUAUCAACUCAUACAAAUGCAGAGACCAGCUCCGUCAGAUCCUCAAGGACUGGAAGGCCGACAUUGUCAUUCACGACGGUGCGCCCAACGUCGGUACCGCCUGGGUGCAAGAUGCUUAUGCCCAGUCCGAGUUGACGCUCCAAUCACUGCGUCUCGCCGUCGAGUUCCUCAAUGCAGGCGGCACAUUCGUCACCAAGGUCUUCCGUUCCAAAGACUACAACAACCUGCUCUGGGUGUUCAAUCAGCUCUUCAAGAAGGUCGAGGCUACCAAGCCGUCCUCAUCACGUAACGUCUCCGCCGAGAUCUUCGUCGUCUGCCAAGGAUACAAGAACCCGGCCCGCAUCGAUCCCAAGUUCCUCGACCCUAUGCACGUCUUCAAGGAGCUCGACCCCGCCGCCCUCGCCAGCGAAGACCCAGACUCUGGCGUGCCUCUCACCUUGAAAGGCACAUCUGCAGGCAAUGCGCACGCCAAUGUCUUUGCCCCCAAGAAAGUUCGCAAGCACCGUGAAGGUUACGCCGACGGAGACUAUACCCUUUUCCACUCCCUCGACGCCGCUGACUUUAUCAAGGGCCAGGACGUUAUCGGCAUGCUCGGUUCAUACAACGAGAUCUCGUUCAAGUCGGAUGAGAGCAAGAAGCUGCUCGAACUUGCACAGACCACUGACGAGAUGCGCGAGAACUGCUCCGAUCUCAAGGUGCUCGGCAAGAAGGAUUUCCGCAACCUCAUGGACUGGCGCAAGGAGGUGCGUCUCGCCCUUGGCAUCGAUCUGCCGAAAUCGAAGCAGAAGGAGCUCGCAGAACAGAUCGAGACCGUCGAAGUCGAAGAGAUGGACGAAGACGACCAGAUCGACGACGAGAUUGCGAGGCUCAAUGAGGAAGCCGCCCGCAAAGCACGCAAAGAGCGACGUCGCAAGAACGAGAUUCGCCAGAAGAAGAUCCUCAAGAUGCAGCUUCAGAUGACCACACCCAUGGAUAUCGGCAUGGAUGUCAUGGAUGACCAAUUGGGUGCUGGCAACGACGACAUGUUCGACAUCAACUCGGGCGAACGAGUCUCGCGGAAGGCAGCCAUCCAAGAGGCCAAUAUCUCCGACGACGAGAGCGAUACUAUUUCAGCCUCUCACAGCGCUGAUGACGAUGAUCCGGAAGCACGAGCGAAACGCCUGGACGCCGAAAUGGAUGCGCUAUACGACGAGUUCAAGCAAAAGCAGUCCGAGCGCGACGCCAAGUUCCGCGCAAAAGAGGCACGUCUCAAGGAUGCCAAGAACGACUCCUGGCACGGCAUCAAGGAUGACGACGAGGAAGAUGAAGACGAUGAGGCCAACAUGAGCGACGAGAGCGAAGGCGGCUACCAUGUCGUGCAGAGACGCAAGGAGCAGGAGGAGACUUUCGACUCUGACGACGAGGAGGACGAGGAGGACGAGCGUCUCGAGCGAGAAGCCAUGCAGCAGACCAAAAAGAGGAAGCGUGACAUCGUCGUUGCCGACCCAGAGAUUCCUGAAGCCAAGCCGUCAAAACGCUCGCUCGUCAACAGCCUCGUCAGCGACAGCGAAAUCAGCGCACAGCAGAGCCGCGAAGCAUCCAUCUGGUUCGACAACCCGCUCUUCAAGGAUCUCGAGCUCGACCAGCAAGAUGCUGAAGAGCAGCUGGAGGGCGACGAAGACGACGAGGACGCUUGGGAGGAGGAAGAAGAUGACAGCGAGGAGGGCGAAGAGGAAGUCGACAGCGACGAAGAGUAUGUCUCCGCAUCUGGAAGCGAACAGGAGGAGGAUGACUUUGAGGUCGUUCCACAAGACCAGCAGGAGGACGCCAUCCCAGACGAGGAGUGGGACUUGGACGGAGAAGACGAAGAGGCAGGCAAGCAGAAGCGUAUCAGAGACCACGGUCUCGCCACCGCCGAAGCCGUCGCCCUCGCUCAAGCACUCGUCAACCGCCAGAUCACCAAGGAGGAUCUGAUGGAUCAAGGGUUCUCCAAGCACAACUUUGUCGACAAGGACGGCCUCCCCACAUGGUUCCUCGACGACGAGACCAAGCACUACAAGGCCAACAUCCCAAUCACCAAGGAGGCCAUGCAGGCGCUUCGCGACCGCCAGCGCGCCCUCGACGUCCGACCCAUCAAGAAGGUUGCCGAAGCCAAGGCGCGAAAGAAGAUGCGCACGCUGCGUCGACUCGAAAAGGCCCAGAAGAAGGCCGAGACCAUCAACGAGAACGAGGACAUCACCGAGAAGGAAAAGUCGUCCACCAUCAACAAGAUCCUCGCCAAGUCGGUCAAGGGUGGCCAGAAGAAGAAGGAGGUGCAGCUCGUCGUGGCCAAGGGUGUUAACAGGGGUCUCAAGGGUCGUCCCAAGGGCACCAAGGGUCGUUACAAGAUGGUCGACCCGAGGAUGAAGAAGGAGUUGCGCGCGUUCAAGAGGAAGGCCAAGCGCGAUGGCAAGAAGUUGGGCUCGUCGAACAACAAGCCAAGAGUCGCCAAGGGUUAUGGUCCACGAUGA